AUGAGUCCAACAUCAGUUCGUUCGGCCUGCGACAGGUUACUCUCAGGCAUCUUCGCUUCGAUCAAAGUGCUGAGCUAUGAAUCAGUGCCAGUCACCGACUACUUGCGUCAGAAAGACAUCGAGUCCUUCAAAGACGGACUGGCUGCAUUGUCCCCAGUCCUGAUCAGGCUCAGAGAAAAAGAUCAUUUUUUCCCGACCAAGCCAAAGCGUCUGUUAGUUGCCAUUCUCGACGAAUGCGAUGUGAUCUGCAAGCAAUCGCAGAAGCUCCUCGACCGAGAGCAUGGCACUUUUGCGCUCACGGCCGCCACCAACCCGAAGUCGACCUGGGCUUGCGCUACUCGCGACCAGGCGUUCCUGCUGCGUCACCAGCUUACUCAACACCGAGGAACUCUCGAGAUCGCCCUUGCCGUGGCAAACACUGUGUCCGCGGCAUCCACCGCCAGGCACCUUCCCGCCAAGAUGUACGCAGAGGAUCUUGAGCGAAACCUGUUCUCCAUGAAGCCCUCACUGCAGACCGUACUUGGGGUCCGCGUGCCAGCUCCCGACCCUGAAAGCACCGUUCCUCGGGCUAUCCUCAAAUACCGGAACGAAGUCAUCAUGCCCAGAGAUAUAGGCAUCACCAGUCCGAGUCGCGCUCUCUUAAUCUUUUUGGAUGACCUGUUGGCGUUCGCUGCUGGUGUGGUCGAGGCUACAGAACUGCCUGACUCUUCGCCAGCACACCACCGCGAGAACAACUCUUUGCACUCGCUAUCCAGUAGAAGCUCCUAA